AUGGACAGAGAACAGCAGCAGCAGGAUGCAGCAGCACCGCUGCAGCAGCAGCAGCAGCCGUUGCUUUUGCCUCAACCGCUGCAGCAGCAGCAGCAGCAGCAGCAGCAGCAGCAGCUAUCUCAAACUGCUGCUCUCGCCCAAGGGUCCCUCUCUGCUGCGGGCGCUCCUCUAACUUUUGCUUCAACUUCUGUAGGAGCAGACAAAUCAGCAGCAGCAGCAGCAGCAACAGCAGCCACAGCAGCAGCAACAGCAGCAGCAGCAGCAGCAGCCAAAAUUCCAGCACAGGCGGCACCAGCAGCAUCGGGAGCAACGAAGCCAGCGGCAGCAGCAGCCGCAGCAGCAACAGCAGCAGCAGCAGCGACGGUGGCAGCAGCAACACAAGCAACCAAGCAGGCGGCAGCAGCAGCAACAGCAGCAGCAGCAAGAAUAGGAGCUAAACCAGCAGCAGCAGCAGCAGCAGCAGCAGCAGCAAAUGUGCUGCUGCCUGCAGAGGCGCCGCCCCCAACAGUAGAAGAGCGAGUUGAAAAGUUUCUGGACUCUCUUUGUGAGAAAGGAGCACUAAGUGUUAAUACGUAA